AGUUUUCAGUAGACUUUUGGCUUUAGAUGGAUCUGCUUUUCCUCAGCCGGCGCAUUUAUCUCGGCGAUGGCAGCCAUGAGACGCCACUCCAUGGGGGCAUCAUCGUGGACACUGAGGGCAUCAUUAGACGUGUGUUGCGAACACCACAAGAAGUGAACACAUAUCUGUACAACACCGAGUCGGAGGCAGUCUAUGACUUUGGAGAUCUGAUGCUGAUGCCGGGACUAAUCGAUGCGAAUGUGCACAUCAAUGAGCCGGGUCGCAAGGACUGGGAAGGAUUUGUAACGGCAACCAAAUCAGCUGCAGCCGGUGGCUUUACAACGAUCAUCGAUCGACCCACCAAUGCCACACCGACCACAAUCAAUGUGCAGGCGUUGAAGGCAAAGACCGCCACAGCGAGGGGCAAAAUCUAUGUGGACGUCGGUUUCUGGGGCGGAUUGGUGCCCGGCAACAGUGAUCAAUUGUUGCCCCUCCUGGCUGCCGGUGUGAUGGGACUCCAGUGCACACUCUGUGGCAGUGCUCCGCCAGUUGGCGAUGAGUUUGCCGCCAUCAAUGAGAGGCAGCUAAGCGAAGCCAUCAAGCUGUUGAAUGAGGCAGCUGAAACAGAGGCAUUAAUAGCGUUCCACGCUGAGCUGCCACAGCAACAGCAGCAGCAACAGCCACCACAAACCACACAAUCAAAUGCAACCGAAUCGAAAUCGUAUCACAGCUUUCUGACAACGCGACCUCCACAAAUGGAAUUGUCGGCGAUCAAAUUGAUUUGCCAGCUGGCCGAGCAGCAACCACAGCGUCGCUUCCACGUGAUGAAUCUCAGCUGUGCCGCAGCAUUGCCGCUGUUGCAACAAAGCCAGCAACGUGGGGCACAAUUGACGGCCGAAACCUGUCCACAUUACCUCGCUCUAUGCGCCGAGGAUAUCGACGAUUGCCACACGGAAUUCAAGACGUGGCCGCCGAUACGCGAGCGUAGCAAUCAGCUGCCCCUGUGGCAGGCGUUGUUGCAACCCGCAGGCGGCGCCUUGCAACUGAUCGCCAGCGAUCAUUCAGCUGCAACGCCCGGCGCACGUUGUCUGACCUACGGACGACAGCGUGGCGACUUUAUCAACGCAUGGCCAGGCAUCAGUUCGUUGCAAUUGAGUUUGCCCAUUGUCUGGACGCGAGGACAGCAAUUGGAGCAACUGGAGGAGCGUUUAACGCUUGCCGAUGUGCAUCGAUUGAUGUGCUGGGAACCGGCAAAGUUGUGCGGCUUGGAGAAGUUCAAGGGACGCAUUGCCGAGGGUUAUGAUGCCGAUUUUUGCAUUUGGAAUCCAGAUGAGGAGUUCACGGUGUCGCAAGAUGCGAUGCAUGCGGCGAAUAAAUCCGCUUCGCCGUAUGCGGGGCAACGUCUGAGGGGCGUGGUGCAUGCCACAGUGGUGCGUGGCCUGCAUGUUUAUCAGCAGUUCGAGGGAUUCGGACAGCCGCUUGGCAAAGUGCUGCUGCGCAAGAGCAGUCGCAAGGUGGUCAAGUUUGUUCGGCUGUGAAAUAAAACUUUGUUAAUUAAACAAAUUUGCGAGAUUUAAAUUGGGAUACAGCCCAGUUGCCACCGAUGCCGUUACCGUUGCCGCAUACUCUAAUGACACGACAAGGGGCAUGUUUACUUUCGUGGGGCAUGUGCAACAUUUAAACAAAUCACACAAAUCUAGAAUACAGAGAAGAUCUAACCAUGGAAUCUUUUCUCCAUCCAUUUACCGAAUCUUUUUUCUCAUUGCCGUUU